GGCUCGAUGAAGGGAAAUAAAGAAGCAACUGUCUCGCCAUACUGAGCGUAGUUGUUCCUUUCCAUGUUUGAUUUAUUGCCUGUUUUUAGCACUCAAUCAACCUCCGUAAAGGUUACGAUUACGCUUCUCCAAAUGGAGCCGAAUCAACCUACCCAGCAGAGACCAAUCGAAGACAAGGCGCGGAUAGAAUAUCGCGUCGAAUAUAGAGACCGUGACACAAAUGAGCUUGUCCGCCACCAAGUUUCUGAAGAAUCCGACCUUCAUGAUGCUAUUAUCAACGAUGAACCAAAUCUUUCGGCUUUUACAUUAAUAAAGACAUAUAAAAUACAGGGCUCAUCGUCUUCAUCACCACCCGCAUCCACUAAUAUCACUUCCCCUCCAUCAUAUAGCCUUCGCUUAAACUCAGUGGCUAUCGUGAACGCUCUUCGAUCUGUGGUCCAGUAUUAUCCAUCUCAAGACUUGACUGGGGAUAUAAUCAUUGAGUGGCCGUACCCUAUUCUGGUUCACCACUACGAUGAACUCACCAAGUUUCGCGAUGAAGUGUCACAGAAAGAUUCAAGUGAUCUGUGCGAAAGAGAAAAGGGUGUACAAGAGGAUCUUAGCGUACUUUUACAGUACCUAGACAAGAGUGUCAUGCCAGACGUACAGAAAGAAAAAGAGCGGAAUGAGAGGGGCUUAUUCACGUUCAAGGAUAUGUGGAUUGCGUAUAAACCUGGAACAACCAUCUUGGGUCGGUUUAAUGACGAGACCAAAUACCGCCCAUUGGUUAUACAUUCGGUUAGCGGGGGAGUAUUCGCGUAUCCUCCUCACCAUUGGACGAUUCAAUUCUGGCAGAUGAGAUAUAACGGAGCUUGUUUGGGUAGAGUGUUGGUCACAGAUUUCAUUGACAAGUUCGACGGCGAGGCUAAGCUCAGUAGGACGAUAUUUGUGGGUAAUUUGGAAAAUAAAAACGAUCUGCCGGAUAUUGUAUCGAUACAAGUGACCUACGGGGAGAUGUAUUGGAAUCUCCUUCGAAGACAAUACCGACAGUAUAAGGGAAAGACUCGAGACUCUAUACCCAAAGAGAUCGAUAGCCCAGUGAUGGUCGACAUAGAAUCCUUUUAUGAAGAUACUAAAGAAUCUGAGCCAAGCCUAAUGAAUGUCGACGAUUGUCGCAACUGGAUGUCAGACUGCAAAUGCAGGGUCUGUAGAGAGAAGCUCAAAAACGCAGACGAUUACAUCAAAGUAGUCCCACUCUUCGAGGAUUACAAUUACAUCACCAUUCAAACUAUAGAUACCUUAACUACGCAUCAGUACUUUCUUUGCACCUCUGAGAUGCCGGCAUUUGUUUUCAAGACUCGGACAUGGGAAACCCUCCACGUAGGUGGUUUCACGGAACUUAAGUUCGAAGAAACAUUGAUCAAUUCCCUGGUUAUGGAUCCCCAACGAAAGCGGACGUUAAAAGCGCUGGCAAAGUGCUUUUCGAGAUUAGACAAAAAUGAAGAUCAGUUGAAAGAAGAGCCAUGGACGGCGGACUUUAUUCAAGGCAAGGGCAACGGAUUGAUCUUCUUACUGCAUGGACGCCCUGGCAUUGGGAAGACUUAUACUGCAGAAUGUAUUGCUGCGUUCACCAAGCGACCGCUCAUGGUCUUGACACCUAGUGAUAUCGGGACAGAUCCUGCAUCGAUAGAACUCAACCUGACUAAAAAUUUCAAGAGAGCCAAAAGCUGGGGGGCAGUUCUCCUCAUAGAUGAGGCUGACGUUUUCAUGGAACGCCGGUCUGUUGCCGACCUAGUCCGCAACAGUCUGGUAGCUGGAUUCCUCCGAGCUUUAGAAUUCUACGAUGGAAUCCUAUUCCUCACAACAAACCGAGUCGGCUCGUUCGACGACGCGUUCAUUUCACGCGUGCACGUGCAGCUAUACUAUCCCGACUUUGACGAUGACCAGCGACAGCAGAUCUGGCAGACAUUCGUCGAUAAACUCUCAAAGGAACGCGGUAACUCUAUGCGGCUCAACCUCAACGCCAAAGAAUACAUUCGUGGCAAUGAGAUGCGGGCCUUGAAGUGGAACGGGCGAGAGAUUAGGAACGCCUUCCAGACAGCGGUCUCGCUGGCCGAGUACGACGCCGAGAAGGGCGAAGACGGCAAGAUCAUGAUCACAGACGACCAUUUGAGAGCCGUCGUUGAGCUCUCACGGGAUUUCAAGGAAUACCUAGGUGAACUACACAGAGGAGACGAGGCCAAGAGAGCUGAGAGGAACUACGAGCGACUGGACUCGUAUGCUCGCUCCUGAAAUUUGGGGAAGAGGAACACGACAGGAUCGAUCUAGAUUAGGAAUUUCAUUAUUGGGUAACUAGCUACU